GCUGCCUUUCUGCUAUCAUUCUAACUUCAGUAUUGUUGUAGAGUUUUUAGCAGUGGCACUGUUUAACAUUUGAGUCAAUAAAGUCUUACAUCUUGACUUUUAAAUGAUGUUUGUCUCCUGUCUUCAUACAUCAUGGGAUCUUCAUCACAAUACUUUAAAAUGCAAAUUCAUUUAUCACACAGGUGUUCAACUGUUUCCUGCUCUUCAGGAUACAGUAAAAACAAAGCAAUUGGUGCUUAUAUUGUAUCUACUAUAAAUACUGUAUUUUGACAUCCAUAAUUUUGAAGUGAGAAACCUGUAAUUGUAAAAACAUGCUAUACAAUGUGCUUAGUUUUAGAAUGAAAUUGAUUUUCAUUCAACAUAAAUAUGGCUGCAACUAGUGAUUAUUUUUAUUAGUGAUUAAUCUGACAAAUGUUUUCACAAUUAAUCAAUUGUUUAGUCCAUAGAAUGUCAAAAAAUAUAUUUAAAAAAUAUAAUAAUAUGCUUCUUUUGUCUAACAAAUAGUCCCAAGCCCAAAUACUCUGUCAAUUUUGAUAGUAAAUACAAAGAAAAGCAGCAAAUUUUCACAUUUAAGAAGCAAAAACCAGCAAAUAUUUGACACUUUUGCUUUGAAAAGGACUGAAUCGAUUAAUUGAUAAUCAAAACAGCUAGCAAUCCAUUCUCUUGGGAUCCACUAAUCAAUUAAUUGACUAACUGUUACAGCUCUAAACACAAAUAUAUGUCCAGUGCAGUAAAGUCCUGCAAUAAUAAACAGACUACCGUAUGUGGAAAAAGAGCACCUUUGAGCACAUUUGUUAUAUAAAUAAAUCCUGUGAGAGAUGUCUGACUUUCAUGGUUUAAAAGUCUCAUAUGAACAGAACUCUGAAGCAGUACCAGUUUUAUCUCUUUAAAUGUCCAUUAAUAGUACUAGUUAUUAGUAGUAGUUAUUUUCUUGAUUGAUCGAUCAGUUGUUUGGUUUAUAAAAGGUCAGAAAAUGGUGAAAAACAUCAAUCAGUGUUUACUGAAGCCCAAGAUGAUGUCCUCAAAUGUCUUGUUUUGUCCACAACUCAAAUAUAUUCAGUUAUCUGUCAUAGAGAGGUAAAGAAACCUGAUACUACUAUAUAUUCACAUUUUAAAAGCUGAAUUUAAAACAUUCUGACUUUUUUUCCCCUUACAAAAAAUACUCAAACCAAUUUAUGGAUUAGCAAAUUAUUUGGUGAUUAAUUUAAUAGUUGAAAACUUAUUGAUUAAUCAUUGCGGCUCUUAUUUCUUUUACUCAGAUUUGGGUGUUUUUUGUUGUUUUAUGCUGCAUUCUGAUUUUCAAAAUAUUAAUAAAGAGUAAAUUAUUAUUUUAUUUAUUAUAAUCAGAAUAACCUAAACCCUAGUGGAAUAAAAUCCGCUCUGCAAGCUGCCUAUUACCGUGAGAGUCACGUCAAGUUAAGCCAAUAUAUUUAUAGAGCAUUCGAAUUAAACAGAUACACAAGUGCAAUAGACAAAAUAACAGCACUGCGGUUAUAGUUAUGAUUGUGAGAGAAUAUAAAGUAGCAGAAAAUCAUUUAAUUGAUAGACAUCAAACGCACAGUCGGAGCUGAUAUAAAUACAGACUGAGAUGUUCUUGUUUUUUUAAAUGUGACAAAUGUAAUCACGUUACUGUGGAAAUUUGAUUUGGUGGCAUAUUAAAUGGCACAAUAUGCGACUGUAUGUCAUAAAUUGAGUCAAAGUAAUCAACAACAUCCAUUAAACUUAGUGAGUGAUUAUUAUUGUUGUUGUUUUUUCAUUUAACAGCAUUUUUGGUGUCAGAGAAUUUUACUUUUCCCCAGUUAUAAUAUUGAGCUGUUUAAUCUAUCUGCAUGUGUUUGCUUGAACUAUUUCUUAAGUUAAUGCAUUGAGUAGUUUCUUUUUUAUUCUUUAACUCAAUCUUCAUACUGACAAUUUGGAAAUAUUAUCCUUGUGCCAUCACUUUUCAUGGCCACUGAAACUGAAGAGCUGAAUCACACUGACUAAAACCGAGAGAAAGAGAAAGAAUUCAUCUAUACAUUGUGAAGUGGUUGUUCUGUAUGUGAGAGCUUUCCCUGCAGCUUUCAUUUGCGAAGGCCAAAGCCACUCGGUGGGCCAAUCUGUGAGAGAAGCUCCACCUGGCACUGUGUCUGGGGCACAGUGAAGGUCAGGAUGCUGAUUACAGCCUGUACAAAACAUACUGUACUGUACUCAAACCAUGCCUGUGCAACAAUGCAUCAAACUAAUGUAAAACACACAGGUUCAAGGUACAUUUUUGUAACAGAGCUGAGAAAAAAUAAUUAAACCAGAGCCCCAAUGAAAUUAUAUAGCCCAGAAUUUUAGUAAGUAUGUUUGCGUCUUCCUAUUUGCACCAUUUGAGGGACAUGUAUUGUCCAUAAUUUUCAUUUUAUGUUCCCAUAAUUUAAGAUUUCUAGUCAGCUGUGGUUGUCUGUGUGCUUGUUGUUGUUUGGGAAGAUGGGUGUGAUGUGAGACAGAUAAGUGUUGUUCACCUCUCCCUGUACAGUGACUGAUAUAUUCAUCAUUGACAAUCAAUAAAAAGACAUGUGAAAGCUCUACUGGAGGGUUUUGACUGGUCAGCAGCAGCGAAAGGGGCGUGUCACUACAGUUGGCAAGGUUUCAAGCAGUCAAUAAAAACCCGGCAUGAGUCAAGGUAAUCUUUGCAUCUCCACUUGGCAUCAACCAAUCAUGAGGUCUCUGGUCUUCGCUCUGCUCCUCGGAGCUGUGUUUGCCACAGAAGAUGACAAAAUCGUCGGAGGGUAUGAGUGCACUCCUCACUCCCAGCCCCAUCAGGUGUCUCUGAACUCUGGCUACCACUUCUGUGGCGGCUCCCUGGUCAACGAGUACUGGGUGGUGUCUGCUGCUCACUGCUUCAAAUCCAAAAUGGACGUUGUCCUCGGUGACCACAACCGUUGGUGGCUGGACGGCAAUGAACAGAUCAUUGCUGCUGAACUCGUGAUCCCUCAUCCCAACUACGAGUCCUGGCUGGUUAACAAUGACAUCAUGUUGAUCAAGCUGAGUGAACCCGCCACCAUCAACGAAUAUGUUAAGCCUGUGGCUCUGCCCACCAGUUGUGCCUCCGCUGGCAUCACGUGCACAGUCUCUGGAUGGGGUGUGACCAUGAGCUCUGCUGCUGACAGUAACAGGCUGCAGUGCCUGGAAAUCCCCAUCUUGUCUGAUGAGGACUGUGACAUGUCCUACCCCGGCAUGAUCACUGAGGCCAUGUUCUGUGCUGGAUACACCGAGGGAGGCAAAGACUCCUGCCAGGGUGACUCUGGUGGUCCUGUUGUGUGUGAUGGGGAGCUGCAGGGUGUUGUGUCCUGGGGCUUUGGGUGUGCAGAGAAGAAUCACCCCGGCGUCUAUGCCAAGACUUGCAUUUUCACAGACUGGCUGCAGAGCACCAUGGCCACUUACUAAGUCGGACUCAUCACACCACUACAGCUGUUUCUAUGCUACAGAAAAACCCUGUGCCAACGCAACUUGGCCUGUUGUAAUGGAGAUUUAAAUAAAAUAAAUGUAACAGCUACAUUUUCAGUGUGUUCCUUUGCUUUGUAUCAUUCUGGCUUUUUCUGUCAUUCUGAUCUACAUAACAAGUCCACAAGACAUGAGGGAAACAGUUAACUUAAUAUUAUUUAAAACCUACACUGUA